AUGUACCAGGCCGAGCUGCCGACGCGCACGCCGCCGCGUGAACAGCAGCGCGCGAAGCAGAUCGCGUCUCCCAAGCCGAACAGGCCAAAUGCGCCUGAGCCUCCUGGAGGAACCGUGUACGGCCGCGACACCUACGACCGAGUGGCUCAGUUCGCUCAUCUCGCAGCGUUCGAGGCACCGCCUCCCCCUCCGCCUCGACCGCAGAAGCCCAUUAAGCCGGUGCCCGUUGCCGACCCGCUCCCGAAGUACGCAAGGGCCCCGGCGCCAAACCCGAACGCAGCGCGUCCUACACCCAAGCAGCACCCCGGGUUCACCAUUGACGAGACCCCGGAGCCGAUGGACUAUGACAUCCUGUCUCCGAAGACGGCCAGGUCGUUGGCGCCGUCGGUCGCGUCGUCGGCCACGACGGUGGUGGCGCCCGGACGCAACCGUCCGACCCCGCUGCAGCAGAACCGCCGGCCACCGCCCCCGUACGAGGGCAAGAAGAACUUCCACGCCACCAACAGCUUCGACGACUCGUUCGUGAGCGAGGUGAGCUCCAUGGCGUGGUCAGGCGUGAGCGACGACAGCUACUACCACGCAGCGGCGAGCAACACGGCGCGCAUCCCCGUGAUUGAGGCGCCCCAUGACGACGAUGACGCCAGGAGCGAGGACGCGUACUCGGACUGGGGCCACUCGACGCAGCAGUCGGACGCCUUCCGCAGCACUGCGGCCUCGGACGCGUCCUUCUUCUCCGUGAACUCGGACUUCGCCGACUCGAAAAACGUCUUCAAGGAGAGCGAGUUCUAG